GAAGAAGGGGAACAGGACUGCCAACAACUGAGUGAGGAACUCCUUCUCCAUUCAUUUGCUGUCCCUUCAGAGUCCUAAUAAUGGGGGAGUUGGAACAGUUACGCCAGGAGGCUGAGGCACUGAAGAAGCAGAUAGCGGAAGCCAGGAAACAAUGUGCAGAUACGACCCUAGAACAGACUACCGGGGGGAUGGAGGUGGUCGGUCGCAUCCAGUUGCGCACAAGACGGACACUUCGUGGUCACUUGGCUAAAAUCUAUGCCAUGCACUGGUCAACAGACUCAAGACUUCUUGUAAGCGCUUCUCAAGAUGGAAAACUUAUUGUGUGGGAUACAUACACUACAAACAAGGUCCAUGCUAUCCCUCUGCGCUCAUCGUGGGUGAUGACCUGUGCCUAUGCCCCCUCGGGUAACUUUGUUGCAUGUGGUGGGCUGGAUAACAUGUGCUCCAUCUACAACUUGAAGACACGUGAAGGGAAUGUGAGAGUGAGCAGGGAGCUUGCAGCACACACAGGUUACCUUUCCUGCUGCCGGUUUCUUGAUGACAAUCAAAUUGUGACCAGCUCAGGAGAUACAACAUGUGCCCUAUGGGACAUUGAGACGGGACAGCAGAAGACUGUUUUCACAGGUCACACUGGAGACUGCAUGAGCUUGGCUGUCUCUCCUGAUUUUAACCUGUUCAUCUCUGGAGCUUGUGACGCCUCCGCUAAACUGUGGGAUGUGCGACAGGGCGAAUGCAGGCAGACUUUCACCGGACAUGAGUCUGACAUAAAUGCGAUUUGUUUCUUCCCCAGCGGUCAGGCAAUAUGCACAGGAUCUGAUGACGCCACGUGUCGCAUGUUUGACUUGCGUGCAGACCAGGAGAUCAGCGUGUACUCACAGGACAGCAUUAUUUGUGGUAUCACUUCAGUGUCCUUUUCCCUUAGCGGGCGCCUCCUUUUUGCUGGAUAUGAUGAUUUCAACUGCAAUAUCUGGGACUGUCUAAAGCGUGAGCGUGUGGGUGUCCUUUCUGGCCAUGAUAACCGCGUGAGUUGCCUUGGAGUUACUUCGGAUGGAAUGGCUGUAGCCACAGGGUCAUGGGACAGUUUCCUGAAGAUCUGGAAUUAAUCAAAAAUUAGAAAGGCACAGACCUCCAAUCACCUCCCACCUCUCUAUAUCACAGAUCUACAGACUAUCCCUCCAGUAUCUUCAGUCAUACCAUUUUCUCGCAGAGCAUUGGCACAAAUCUGCAGUCGUUAUAGUAUCUCUCCUUCCACCGGUUCUGCAGAGCAUCAGCGAGAUCUGAAGUCCAUUGCUCCAACCAUAGCCCCACAGAGCACAGGCAGAUUUUCCUUCUAGUAUCUACCAUCCUAAAUAAAAUACAUUUGAAGAUAGAAAGGACCUGCUAUAUGGUGCAACAAUUGUUAGUUAUUUUUAGUAUAUACAUUGGGGAUGUCCAGCCUGUGGACCUUCAUCUGUCAUUAUAAUGGUGUCAUGCUUGUAGUUGAGGCUGCAGGUUCUACAUCCCUGGUUUAUAUAAGUUUCCCUCAAUAUUGGGUUUCCUCUUGUUAAGCGACAGAUUGAUUGCCACUUGCUCAAUUAAUAGAUUAAAUCCCGGAUUCGUUUUGGGAUUUGGCCAGAGUACUUGGCCAAAUCAAAUCCAAGUCUAAGUCAUUUGGCCAACUGAGCAUAACAAAAUUACAGUUCAAUUUAGAGUUUGGAUUUGUCUCAGUAUUGGCCCAAAGCUUUUGUGUAGAACUCAGGGUUCAGUUGAAUCUAAAAAAAAUGGCUUUAGUCUAUUCCAACUAACACCACUGCCCUGGUAAGCACUUAUGGGCCCUACAGGGACCAGGAUAUUUUUGCUUGCUUUAAUCCCUCUCCUAUGAGGAAUUCCUUUUUGAAAGCUAAUAUAACAUUUCAGGAUACUGCCGACCCUUCCCAGAUCUUUCCUUAGCUGCUAGCUGAUGGAGCAUGUUGGGGGUUUCCAAAGUGCGAUGCCUAAAAUGACCUAGGCUGAUGGUUCCUUACCUGGAGCAUAACCCUUUUGAUACCUCCCUUGCCAGUGAUCUUUAGAGUAUCUCUGCAUUAACUUUUGCCCUUUAUUAGAUAUCCCCUCACUCAUGUCAGACAUGCAGACCUUCACCCACUUCUAAUGUAGAAACUCUUGCCGCGGAGAAUCUGUGAUAGCCGUGUGUAAAUCUAUUUAUUAUGCUCACUUCUGUCCUUUGUCACUUUUACAAUAAGUUUGUGUUUUAUAGAACGGAAGAAGAAUAAAAUAUAUUUUAGGGCAUGGCA